CGCCUGGAUAAAUAUAUGCACCUUAGGCACAGGGGCAGAGACAUGGCGAGCAGAUGAAGCUGUUGUAGGGGAGGGCGGUCUGCACCACACACACACGACAUUAGCUGCUGGCGGGUGAUAAGGGUUACAGAUCCCAUACACUGUGCCCACCAGUAACCAAGAAGCUCCAGAACUGGUGGGUGCUGAGAAGAUCUGCUGAUCCAGGUUCUCCCAGUAAAGAAAAUGAAUGAAUGGGCGCCUAUAGCAAAGAACUAUCAUCCACUUAAAGCUGGAAGUAUUGAUGGCACAGAUGAAGACCCUCAUGAUCGCGCCGUUCUGCGGGCGAUGUUGGCCCGCUAUGUUCCCAAUAAAGGGGUGGUUGGGGAUCCCCAGUUGACUUUGUUUGUGGCACGUUUAAGCCAACAAACCACUGAAGAAAAACUAAAAGAGGUGUUUUCUCGCUAUGGAGACAUCCAGAGGAUCCGGUUAGUUAGGGAUUUCAUAACUGGUUUUUCAAAGGGUUAUGCAUUCAUUGAAUAUAAACAAGAGAAUGCCAUAAAGAAAGCGUAUAGAGAUGCAAACAAACUGGUGGUCGAUCAGCAGGAAGUCUUUGUGGAUUUUGAACUGGAAAGAACUCUGAAAGGAUGGAUCCCCCGCAGGCUAGGAGGUGGAUUUGGUGGUAAAAAGGAGUCAGGCCAGCUUAGGUUUGGAGGCCGAGAUAGACCAUUUAGAAAACCGAUUAAUUUGCCAUUUUUCCCAAGUAACACCCGCCUAGAAGUCCAUGGAGAAAAUAGACAAAGGUCCCGCUCCAGAGAAAGACCUUAUGACAGAAGAGGGAAGAAGGAGUACACAAGAGACAGAGGACGAGAUAGGUGGCCACAAAGGUCCGAAAGAGAACAUACUACAGAGAGGCAUUCCAAGGAGGAAAGGAACAGAGACAGAGAUGACAAAGACAGGAGUAGAAGAGAAAGCAAAAGGGAAAGAAGCAGAGAGCGAGAUCACAGAAGAUGAAGAUAUGAUAUAUAUAUAUAUAUAU